AUGUAUCAGUCUCAUAACACACAUAAUUCUCAUUAUUGUCAACAAUACUCCAUGGGGAAUAAUUGUUCAUUAUGUAAGAAUGAAAAUUACAGGAAUGAUUAUUUACAAAGUGUAAAUGAUACAAGUAGUGAGGAUAGUACAUUCCAAAAUAUGUAUAUGUCUAAUUCUCUGUCUUAUCCUCUGUUGAACAGAGAGUACCAUCAUCCAUUGAAUAUGAAUAAUAAUCAUAAUAAUAUCAACCCAGAUAAUAAUAACAAUAAUAAUAUGACAUCAGGAGAUGUUACAGAAUCAGACAGUUCGUAUAAUUAUGAUACAACAGUUUUACUGGAUACUAUUAGAGAUUUUGGGUGGCCAUUUUUUGAAAAAUCCACAUCAGCAUUUUCAUUACACUCCCAUGCAAGAUCAAAUUUCAGUUCAAGUUAUCGUGAUUGUCGGCUAAGGUAUAUUAAACAAACAAGAAAAUUACAAAAAUAUUUACGAAUUACACCUGAAGGGCAUAUAUUAGUAAAUAAUCCAAAAAUUGAACAUUAUCCGAGUACACAACAACAGUUACCAAGCAACCAUACUUAUAACAAUUCAACAAUCAAUACUCUUGAAAGUAAGGAUCAUUUAAACAAAAUUACUACAUCCACAACAACAAAUGGACAUGAAUUAUACAAUAAUCCAUUCGGUUCACUAAUAAGCACCCCUAGAAUAAAACGAAUUUACACAGCAUUUUGGAAUUUAGAACCACGUGAAAGUAUCAGUUUACGCAGGUUGCAUACUUCAUCGUCAACACAAUUCCCUGUGUCAAGAAUACCAAUGACACAAGAAGAAUCAGGAUCCCUGUUUCAACCAGUAGCAAAUGGAACAUCUCCUGACCAUUGUAUGAAUGGUUGUGAACACUCAAAUGGUGAUGAGAGUGAAGAUGAAUUAGAAUUGAAAAUGCAUAAUAUAUUAUCGAGUAAUACACAUCUAGAACCUGUUAUGGAGAAGUCAUUUUGCGAUAGUAGCACUACGCCUCCACCUCCUCCCCUUACCACAACCACUACUAAUAAUAGUAGUCAGAGUGAUAAUACCGUGAAUGGAUUGUCAGAGGGAGAUACGAAUUCAAAGUGA